ACCAUUUCUGCUUAGAAAAAUUCCUCUAGACGCUUUCAAAUUACUCCAAAAUUAUGGAAAAAUACCCCAAGCUGGCAACGCUGACUACCACAAUAAAUUUUUUGUUUAGGAAAGAUGGCCAUUAUCUUCCCUCCUUCCCUGACUAGCGCUAUCUCAUCCUGGCGUCAUUAAAUUCACUUCUUGCCCAUUCCAUCGGUGUUUGACAGUUCAUUGUUGUGGUCACGUUGUUAUGGUUAUACGUCACAUGUUUCCCGCCAAUUUAUAGGGCAGUCCAAGACUUUGACGUUUGAGCGGCACGGCAAACUGUCUUUGUUUAUUCCUUCUGUGGUCAUCGUUUGUAGCUAUCUUCAUCGGAACGGUUAUCAGUUUCAGUUAUCGAUUUUUGUCCCACAUUUUAAUAAUAAAAUGGAAACAAAACAAGAAGCUGGUGGGAUUGAGAAUACUUGUAGUAAAAUAAAAACAGAUAAUGAAAACUAUGACGGUCCUUUGGAUGUCUUCAAAAUGGAAAUUAAGGAAGAACCUAAGACUGAAAGUGAAUACGACAAUUUUGAUUAUUUAGACUCAAAAAAUGUGGUGUUCCUAAAAACUGAAGUAGAACAAGAUGAACAUAAAUUUACACCAUUUGAAGAAAAUCAAACAACAAAUGAAGAAAGACUUCCACAAGAGAAAAUCCAGAGUAUGGGUCUGCGUUUUAAAGAAAAAAAAGUAAAAUGUAAAAUAUGUCGUAAGCAACUCGCCCAUAAAAGUUCAUUAAAUAAACACAUGAAAAUUCACACUGGGGAAAAACCAUACAAGUGUGAAACGUGUUUUAAGCAGUUUUAUCGAGCAUAUCAUUUGAAAAUACAUUUGAGAGUGCACACUGGAGAAAAGCCUUACACAUGCGAAAUUUGUUUAAAACAAUUUAAUCAGGACAGUUCUUUGAAGGCACAUACAAAAGUUCACACCGAAGAAAGACAUACGUGUGGCAUCUGCUUCAAGCAGUUCAUCCGCAAAGAUUCUUUAAUCGAACACAUAAGAGUUCACACUGGAGAAACACCUUAUAAGUGUGAAAUUUGUCUGAAGCAGUUUGUUCGUAAAUUAUCUUUAACCGAACACAUGCGAGUUCACUCCAAGGAAAAACCUUAUAAGUGCACAAUUUGUUUUAAACAAUUUGCUCGCAAGUGUUAUUUAAAUGAACAUAUAAGAAUACACACUGGAGAAAAACGUUACCAGUGUGAAUAUUGUUUAAAGCAAUUUCUAGAAGCGGGUAACUUGAAAAGACAUUUGAGAAUACACACUGGAGAAAAGCCUUACCAGUGUGAAGUUUGUUCUAAGCAGUUUACUACAGCAACUUGUUUGAAGCUACAUAACAGAUCACACACUGGAGAAAAACCCUUUAAGUGCGAAAUUUGUUUUAAGCAAUUUUCUCAAGCAGGUAAUCUGAGAACACAUAGUGUGAACGUCCACAGUGUACCAUAAUUUAACUCAAUAUUCAGAUAAUUCUAAAAAUCCUUUUAAAAAAGAUUAAAUACUUAAUACAGGUAAUUCCAGAAUCAGUUUUCUCAAGCAGGUAAUUUGAAUCAACAUUUGAAGAUACACGCUGUAGAAUAACUGUGUAAACUAUGAAACUUGUUUUAAACUGUUUAGAGAAGUGUUUAGAUUGAAAACACAUUCGAGACUGCACACUGGAGAAAAACGGUUUAGUAAAGUGUUCCGCAUUUCGAACUGAGUCCAGCCCUGACCCGCCAAGCAGUCAAUCAACAAGGCGUGAGAUCACCGUCUCUAAGCUUCGCCGGUAUACGGAAAUUAUCAAGGAGGCUGAGACAAUAAUGGAUAUAAAUUCACGUUUUGCGUGGGGACGUAUUUAGUUAAUAUUUUAUCGACGCGUGAAUUGUAACGUCGCGGCCGGUUUUGAAAUGUAAAAUUGUUGUAAUUAUUAUGGGUAUAUAUAUUUUUUUAUUUUUAAAUAAAUAAAAAAACAUUUUAAUGAGUAGAAAAAUCAUAUUUGUAAAUUUUAAAUAAAUUAAAUAAGCUUGUUUAAAAUAAAUUAGAUAUUGUUGUUAAAUGUU